AUGGGUGCGUUGAUACUAGUCGCGAAAAACGGUGCAGUGAAAAUGUUGGAGGCGAAAAUAGAAACUCGAAUGUGCAUCGAGUGUGGCAGUGGCUUCCUGGGUGGUGGUGCUGCUGAAGUGUGCGACACAUGUUCGGGUGUAGGUGGAGCCAUGCAAAUGGGAGUUGGACUUGUAUGUCCGCUAUGUUCGGGCCUUGUGCUCAAUCAUAACGCGGCCCGAGUUUGUACGUCGUGCAAGAAUUCCUCUAAAACGAGAGGAGCAAAGCCACCGGGUGACUCUUCGAUUUUUCCUCCAUCUACGCGAGGGAAACGUGGUAAACGUGGAUCGAAAGUGAACGGAAUUGGAAAAGCUCCCGGAACAGGACGUGGUCGAGGACGAGGGCGGUGCGCACGAUGUCGUCGUUGUAACAUAAGAGUCACUUCUGGUACGGAUUUAACUCGGGAAGGGCUCUGCACUACGUGUGGAUCUCUAAAGAAGUGUCCGAAGUGUUCUAAACACUACAAUAUUGGUGAGAAGAUCAUCAAAUGUAGUGCGUGUGCACGAUGGUAUCACGGAACAUGUGAGGACCUCUACAACGACGAGAUGUUGGAGUCCGCAUCGGCUAACAAAAUGCGUUUGCUCGCGCAUGUUCGCCAAAACGCGGCCAACUGGCUA